UCAAAAAUUGAAUGUUACUUUCUCUCUCUAGAAAUUUCGCCUCUUUGGUUUUUCCUGUGAAAGAAACUUCGCUCCAUCUCAGAGAUGAAUUUUCAUAGUUGAAUGUUGCUUUCUCUCUCUGAAAUUUUGGCAUAUUUGGUUCUUAUUGUGAAAGAAACUUCUCUCCAUCUCAGGUAUGUGAACUGUCCAUUUAUGAAAUCUUCUUUCAUUUUCUUAAAUUAUUAUUUUCUUCUUUCUUUUAAUAUAUAGUAGUGAUUUUCAAUUUUUUUUUUAAAUUUUUUUUUUUUUUUUUUUAAUCUUGAUUGUUGUUCUUAUAGAGAUGGAUUUUCGUAGCAUGAAAAGAAAAGAACUUCAAGCAUUAUGCAAGAAACACAACAUUCCUGCAAAUUUAACUAAUAUGGACAUGGCCAACAAGCUCAGUUCCCUUUUAAAGGAAAAAGAGAAGCCCAUAACAAGAGGUAGGUCUUGCUUGAAGGAUAUAGGCGAAAUAGCUAGUGUAAAUGAUUCUGAUGAAAAUAGGAAACUGAAAAAAGUUAGGUUUAGUCCUGAGAAUGAGAUGAUUGAAUUUGUGGAUUUGGACCCCGAGCCCAGGGAGGCGAGGCUUGUUGCCAGGAGGAGGUCUAUGGGGAGACCUGUAAUGGAGAAGAACAAGGAUAUAGUAUUUGAAAAUGUUGAUAGUAAUGACAACAUUGUGGAUAAUGCAACCAGAAAUAGGGGGUCUCGGGCACAAAAGACGGUUGGGGAAGUUAUAAGACCAGUUCCAAUGCUUCCAAUUGAGAAGAAGAGAGCACGAAGGGGUGUGAGUGCUGAUGUUUUGGAGGCGAAAGACGUUGAUAGCAAUGUGAUGGACUUGUCUGACAAUUUAGCUUCUGAAACUGCGGCUGUUGAAGAAACUGGAGUGCCAAUGAGAAGAUCAUUGAGGAAUAGGGAGGUAGUGGUUGAGAAUGAGAAAGAAGGUGAGAUUGUAGGUCUUCGGGUUUUGAGGAAGAAUGUGACACAGGGGAAGAAGAAUGCUAAAGGCAGUAAAAAGAUUUCUGAGAAUAAAGGCCUUGCAGUAGAUAGUGAAAUUACUCAACCUGAAAAGCCCUUGACACGAUCAAAACAAAACGUGAUGAAGGUUGAGGGUAGUGAACUGUUGAAUAGGGAAUUGGGUCAAAACGAAAUGGUUAGAAGGAAAAGGAUAACCAGGUCUCGAACUGAGUGGGCGAUGGAAGAAACUGAAGUCGACGAGGUUCAGGGAGAAUCUGAAAUUGUUCUACAACUUGAAGAACCGUCAAUGCAACCUGGUCGAAAUGGUAAUAGGCGAAAAUCUGUCAUGCAUAUAAAAGAGAAAGUACUGCCUGAGGGGCCUGUGGCAGAAAAUGAGAACAGAAAGCUAAAGAGGAGUUCAUGUUCGGAAGGUGGUUCUACUGUUCAAAUUCCAACAGUAAAUGAGAAGGAUUCUCUGCCUGGUGGUCCUUUGAGGAGGUCCAGACGUAACACUUCAAGUGAGCCAGUUGUAGAAUAUGUAAGGAGGUCGAGACAAAUUGGUUCAAGGCAUGAAUCAGUUGCAGUUUCUGAUGCCUUGGAUGGAAUUACCAAUGUCUUUGUAAAGAAAACUGAAGUCAAGGUUCGAGGAGAAUCUGAAAUGGUGGUUCUGCAACAUGAAGAGCCGUUAAUGCAUCCUGGUCGAAAUAGGCAAAAAUCUGUCAUGCAUCGAAAUGAAAAAUUAGUUCCUGAGGGGCAUGUGGCAGAAAAUGAGAACAGAAAGAUAUCAAGGAAUUUAAGUUCUGAAGGUGGUUCUACUGUUGAAAUUCAAAAAGAAAACGAGAAGGAUUCUCUGCCCGGUGAUCCUUCGAGGAGGUCCAGACGUAACACUUCAAGUCAGCCCAAUGGUUCAAGUCAUGAAUUAGUUCCAGUUUCUGGUGCCUUGGAUGGAACUACCAAUGCCAUUGUAGAGAAUAAGACACGGAAGCGAAGAAGAGAUCCAAUUCUGGAAGAGGAGAUUGUUGUGACUGAAUUUGCUCCUCUUAUUGAAGAUUCUCCUAGACGGUCCAAAAGAAAUGCUGUUAAAAGUAACUUGGUCAUGCCAGGAGUUGUAGCUGGCAAAGUUGUUGGAAAGAGGAAGGCAAAGGGUAGAUCAAAAACACCAAUUGUAGAAGUGGAAGCAUCACCAUUAAAUGGGAGCGCCUUGGCCACUGAAGAACUGCCGUUGGUAGAUGCUCAGCUAGCCAUGAGUGUUGUUGUGGAAAGUGCUACUGAUCCAGUUUCAAGCAGCCGCAAACAAACUUCCAAGGAUACUACCGAAAAGAAAUCUUCUACAAAGAAGGUGGUCUGCCCUGUGACUUCUGAGCUAGAGAAAGCUCGAGACGUUAUAACAGUGAAUUCAUUUGGGACUCAAGCUUCUGAAUCUGCAAAAAUGCACAGUGAUUAUAGUCAUAAAGAAGAAGAGAGCUUUGUCAGUAAAGCAGUGGUUGUCACGGAGGAAUUUGCUCCUCUUGUUGAAGAAUCUCCUAGACGGUCCAAAAGAAAUGCUGUUAAAAGUAACUUGGUCGUGGCAGUAGUUGUAUCUGGCAAAGGUGUUGGAAAAAAGAAGGCAAAGGGUAGAUCAAAAGCACCAAUUGUAGAAGUGGAAGCAUCACCAUUAAUUGAGAGCACCUUGGCCACUGAAGAACCACCAUUGGUCGAUGCUCAGCUAGCCAUGGGUGAUGUUGUGGAAACUGUCACUGAUCCAGUUUCCAGCAGCUGCAAACAAACUUCUAAGGAUACUACUGAAAAGAAAUAUUCUACAAAGAAGGUGGUCGUGCCAGGAGUUGUACCUGGCAAAUUUGUUGGAAAAAAGAAGGCAAAGGGCAGAUCAAAAGCACCAAUCGUAGAAGUGGAAGCAUCACCAUUAAUUGAGAGAACUUUGGCCACUGAAGAACCACCAUUGGUAGAUGCUAAGCUAGCCAUGGGUGAUGUUGGGGAAAGUGCCACUGAUCCAGUUUCAAGCAGCUGCAAACAAACUUCUACGAAAUCUUCUACAAAGAAGGUGGUCUCCCCGGAAACUUCUGACCUAGAGAAUGCUAGAGACAUUACGAUAGUGAAUUCACCUGGGACUCCAGUUUCUGAAUCUGCAAAAAUGCAUAGUGAUUAUAGUCAUAAAGAAGGAGAGAGCUUUGUCAGUAAAGCAGUGGUUGUCACAGAGGAAGUAAACAUUUCAUUUGGAGUAGAUGAGGGUGAUCUGGUAUCUGAGUCCUUGGAAAGAAGUGGAAAUUUUCAUUGCAAUGACAUAGUUGAGCCACAACCAGAGGAAGUCUUGAAUUUGGUCAGUGGUGUUGCUUCUCCACAAACCAUACAUGCAGGUGGACCUGUUAGUGUCUUGGAUCUGGGGACGGAAUUGGAAACAAAUGAAAAACCAUCAAAAGUCAGACAUUCACGCCCAAGUUUCACUGUGCCCAAAUAUGGGUUUGAAGUUGAGAAAGCCACUCCUCAUGAGGAGCAGAACUUGAAACUUGAAGCUGGUGAUAGUUUUGGUGGACCAGUUAGACAUGAGAUGGUUCUUGGGGGCCGUUUAACUGAAUCUGAUGAGACUGGUGGUUCCAAGAAAAGCUCUGAAAUUGCCUCCAAGGAAGCUGGAGACGUUACAGUCAUUGAUUCUUCUGAUGGGACGGGAAUCACCCCUGUAAAUGGGGUUGAGAAAUCUGCAGACACUGCAGAGGAAAUGACAGUAACGUCUCCAGCUUUAAAUGCUGGAUUGUCAGAUGAAGAAGUUCCAGAAAGUGCCAGCGGUCUAGUCUUCAGCAGCAGCAAUAAAGUUUUCAAUGAUACUAAUAAGAGAAAGGGGUCAACAAGGCAUGGUUCUAAUGAGGUUUGCACUAGAAGUCCCCAUUUAGAGGGGGUCAGAGAUCCAUCUGUGGUGAAACCAGAGGGGACUGCAGCUUCAAAUUCUUUGAAAUUGCAGAGUGAUCCUGCAGAGCAAGAAAUGAAUGAUUCUGUCAGUGAAUUUUUUGUUGUUGCAGAAAAGGAAAAUGUUGCAGUGGUUGUUGGUGAUGACAAUCUGCUUCAGAGUGAUACAGGUAAGGGCAGUGAGUAUGAUUUGGUUUCUCCGCCCCAUAACAUAAGUGAGGAUUUUAACUGCACUACUUUAGUUGACCUAGAAAGUGCCUCUGAGAAAGCUACAGAAAUUAAGUCACUUGAUCUCUCUGACGGAGGAAGAGUGACGCCAAUUAUGGUAGGAGGCAAUGUAGAAGAUGGGUUACAGGAAACGAUGUCAGUUUCCCAUGUGAUGCCUGCUGAAAAUGCUGCAGAAAAUGUUACAGAAGUCCAAUUGACAAGUGUCUACUUUUUUCCUGGAAAGCCUUCUUGCAAUUUUAUUGUUGGCCCAGAAGAUCAAGCUUGCUGCAUUGGGGAUGAAGUGACGCACUCUACUGGGGAUGUCCUCUCAAUUGACAAUGAUGCACGAAAGCAAGAUGUGACUCAGGCUAAAGUUCUGUCAAAUGUACAAAUUGAAGAAUUCCCAACAGAUAUGGAGAAUAAGUCUGAAGAGUCAUCAUACUUGAAAAAAGCAAUGCAAUAUGUUGAUAAGGAGAGAAAUUAUGAGGACUUGGAGGGAAAUCUAUUCAUGGAAGAAAUUUAUAGUCAAGAGGCAAUUGAUGAAUCAUCAAUUGAAAUGGAAAAUAAGCUUAAAGAGGCAUCACACGUUAAAAAAGCAUUGCAAGCUAUUGAUGGAGAGACUUCGUGUGAGAAAUUAGAGGGAAAUCCAUCUAUGUAUGACAAUCCUAUCUCUAUUUCAAAUGAGCUAGAUGGUCAACUUGCCAAGGAGAAUGAAAAUGAAGGCUUAGUGAGAAACUGUAUUCAUGUUUCUGAGGAAAUUAGAGAAGGAAGUACGAGGGGAUUUACCGAUGGAGAGAGAACAAGUCUGAUUAUCUCAGAGGAGAGGGAUACUGAUAAAAUAGAAGAUACUCUCACACCUAUAGUAAUUCCAAAAUAUUCUGGCAAUGAUGGAAGCAUGUCCUCUUAUGACCGCACUCCCCUAAAGGAUGACAGAAGCGAAGAAGGUGAUGGACUCAAACGUCUGUUUGCCACUCCAGCUGGAAUAUUUGAUGUAAUGGUGCCCAGGGGUUUGCCUCUAGAAGUUGUAGGAACAGUGGAAAGUGAACAUGAAAAAGCAGCAUCUACAUCAAAUGCAUUAUCAAUUUCCGAUGAAGAGUUUAUUGAUGAAGGUUCCAAUGAGAAAGCAGAUGUUUUUGACUGCACUCCCCUAAAGGAUGACGGGAGGGAAGAAGGUGAUGGACUCAAAACUCUGUUUGCCACUCCAGCUAUUGAUAGAAAUUCCAAUGAAGAAGCUUCUAGCCAUGAAAGUGGGACGGUUGAUGUAAUGAUGCACAAGGGUUUGCCUCGAGAAGUUGUAGGAACAAUGGAAAGUGAACAUGAAAAAACAGCCGCUUCUAAGUCAAAUGCACUACCGAGUUCCGAUGAAGAGUUUAUUGAUGAAGGCUUUAAUGAAAAAUCAGAUGUUUAUGACCGCACUCCCCUAAAGGACGACGGAAGGGAAGAAGGUGAUGGACUCGAAACUCUGUUUGCCACUCCAGCUCAUGAUAGAAAUUCCAAUGAAGAAGCUUCUAGCCAUGAAACUGGAACGGUAGAUGUAACGAUGCCUAAAGGUUUACCUCGAGAAGUUGUAGGAACGAUGGAAAGUGAACAGGAAAAAUCAGCAGCAUCCAAGUCAAAUGCACAACCAAUUUCCAAUGAAGAGUUUAUUGAUGAAGGCUUUUAUGAAAAAGCAGAUGCCAACCACACUCCCCUAAAGGUUGACAGAAGGGAAGAAGGAGAUGGGCUCAAAACUCUGUUUGCCGCUCCAGCUAAUGAUAGAAAUUCCAAUGAAGAAGCUUCUAGCCAUGAAACUGGAACAGUUGAUGUAAUGAUGCACAAGGGUUUGCCUCAAGAAGUUGUAGGAACAAUGGAAACUGAACAUGAAAAAUCAGCAGCAUCUAAGUCAAAUGCACUACCUAUUUCUGAUGAAGAGUUUAUUGAUGAAGGCUUUAAUGAAAAAACAGAUGUUUAUGACCGCACUCCCCUAAAGGAUGACAGAAGGGAAGAAGGUGAUGGACUCAAAACUCUGUUUGCCACUCCAGCUCAUGAUAGAAAUUCCAAUGAAGAAGCUUCUACCCAUGAAACUGGGACAGUUGAUGUAAUGCUGGCCAAGGGUUUGCCUCGAGAAAUUGUAGGAACAAUGGAAAGUGAACAUGAAAAAUCAACAGCAUCUAAGUCGAAUGCAUUAUCAAUUUCUGUUGAAGAGUUUAUUGAUGAAGGCUCGAAUGAAAAAGCAGACGUCGAAUUCAUACCUAAUUAUGUUUCAGAAUACAAAGUCUCUGGUACUAGCAAUAAAGAAAUGCUCUGCAUCAAGCAUAACCUUUCAACUGAUAAUGACAUGCCACACCAAGAUGUGCCUUCUAUUAAGUACGCCACUGGAACAAAGGCUAAGGUUGAUGCUAAAAGCACAGAAGGAGAUUCUGAUGUUCAAUGUGAUGAUCUUGUCAAUGAGGAAGAAAAUGCAGAGUUUCCGCCAGAGGUUGCUUCUCCUGAACCUUGUGAUUGUGAGGAUGGGCUUGCACAGGUAAUUGGCAGUAGCGGUGCAAGUUUGGCUGAGACCAUGUUCACAGAAAGUGAAGCUUCUGAUGAGAAAUUGACUGCUGAUCUUUCUAAGAGCAGUUCCAAAUGUUUUGAAGGAACCACAAUGAAGAAAGAGAAAGAGAAUGAAGAAACUAUGUCAUCAUUUGGUCGACUGGGGCUUGUUAAGGUUGCUACAGAUCAUGGGGAUAAGUUUGCAAAGUGGAACAUUAAUUCUCUAGGUGCUUUAUAUGAGGUAUCAGAAAAAAUUGCAAAAGAAGAACUGAUAUUGGCUGAUGCAGAAGCUGAUAUGGAUCGUAAUGACAGUGAGGGUGUCUCAAUGGGGGUUAAGAAUAGGAAUAUGCCAGAACCUGAUGGAGUUGAAUGUGGUGAACUUGACAUUUUCAAUGAUGAGGGGAUUUCGGCACUGGACAAAAGCACUCUUGCUUCAGUUAAGCAAACAGAUAGAAAAGGAGAUGUACGUUUAGCAGAGUUUUCUGAUGUAUUUGAGGAGACAAUGCCACAAGUUGAUGAAAUGAAGUUGGGUGAUUGUUCUGGUCACAAAAUGGAGAUAGUUCAGGAGCUGGACAAAAGUGAAGACGGUGAGGAUUCACAGGAAUUAUUAGCAGAUGAUGUUACUGGGACCAUGUUGCAAGUUGAUGAAGUGAAGCAUGGUGAUCUUGGCAGUCAGAAAGAUGUUGCAACAAAGGAAGGGAGUUUGGACGUCAAGGAUAGGAGCUCUGACGCAGUAAAGAAAACAGAUGUUCCUAUUGGGUAUUUUGAUCUUAAUUUGGAGCACGAGAAAGUUUCAACAAAUGUUUCAAAUUCUGACGGAGAGAAGAAUGAUUCUCACUUAUUCGAAGGAGACAUGAGCAUUGCUGAAGGAAAGAAGAUCAAUGAAGUUGUUUCAGAAGACCAACUCAAUGAUGCCCAUGGGUUUGCAGUUUCCCCUAUUGCAUCCAUUUUUGUUGACGAGGACAAAGGCAACAUGCACAACACUCCUACUGUUAUGGACGGUGAGGAUUCACGGGAAUUAUCAGCAGAUGAUUGUAUGAGAGUCAAUAAUGUUUCAGAUGAUUCGAAGGAUGGAUCCCACAUAGAAGACAAUGUCAAAAGUUUCCUAGAAGUUUCUAAAGAGCAUCCAGUGAAUAAUGAAGAUGCACUUGUUGAUGAUGCUUCCUUGGGUGGUUUUGGUUGUCUGACACCAAAUAAGCUUUUAUGUGGAGAUGAAAGUAAAAGCAUAGCUGAGGAGACUAAGGAAGCUAGUGGUUCUUUGCACAACAAUGUUGACAUGGUUCCCUGUGCUGGUGAUUCCAAUGAGUCUGCAGAACAAAACUUUUUUGUCAAUUCUGUAUCAGCACCUGCAGGAAAUAGUAACACUGCUGCCAUUCCAUCAUUCAAAUGUUCUGUUAAUCAUGGAACAACUGAACAGGGAGCCUCUGGUUUUAAUGUUGAAUCCUGCACGUUCAGCAGUUGGGAGAUGAAUUUAUUUUCAGGAGACGAUGAUGUAUUUGAGAAAUUGUAUGGAGACACCUCAGAAACCAAUUAUAUAUGUGAAGGUAGUGAGAAUGCCAGAGAGGUGAAAGAAAAUGCAACUAUUAUGCUUGCGGAAGAGCAACCUGGCAAUAGUGAGUACCACAUGGAGGAAAAGUUUGAAGAGUCUAGUGACAGUUUUCUUGCUUCUUUUAAGGAGUUAAAUGAUGUGGUUGUUACCACGAAAGAGUACAAUUAUUCUGAAUAUAUUGAGAAAGAAGAAUCUAGUGUUGCUAUGCAUGAUAUGAUUUUGACAGAUAUUGCCAAUAUGAAUGGUUGUGAACGUGCUGCUUCCGUCGAGCCCAGGGCUGAAGGUGACUCUAACUAUUCAGUUGUAGAAAAUCCAGCCCACACUGAAUGUGGAGAAAGGGGAGAAGAAAUAGAGCCAAUUGAAGAUGUUCUAAAAUCAAACUCAAGAAUGGUAGAUCAACUGCAUUCAUUCACUGAUUCAGCUGUUGAUGGAGGCUUUCCAGCAGUGUCGGCUCGGGGGAAAAUUUCAGUUGCAGAAAUGGAGAAGGACAACAGUUUGUCUGCUAAGCAGAUUAAUUCCACGGCAAAGAAAUGGAAGGAUGCUAGAGCUAGUUUGAUUCAAGGUACGCCCAAGAAGCUUAUCACGACACUUGAUAUGAAAGAGAAUGCUGCACCAAGCAUCAAGAGAGAGCAAACGAGCAAUGCAACAAUGGUAAAAUCAGUUACGAAGAGGCGUGCCUUGGAGGAUCUUCGAAGGAAAUAAUGAUGUUAGGUCAUGCUCGUUAAUCGUUUUUUUGAAGAUUUGACGAGGGAAGCUCUCACAAGAAAGUACACUGACUGCUGUGAUUAUUAUGCAAGCAUAUCUCAUGCAAAAACAUGUGAAACAGUGGUACCAAUUUUUUUUUUUUGGGGGGAUUUUGUUUAGAUUUCUGUCAUCUAAUCUAUUUGAUGGUUGUUGUGAAUGGAAUUAAUGUAUUGUAAAACACCUAAUUUUUGUUAUUAGCUGGACGUCGAAGUGUAUUUGUGUAUGAUGACAUUUUCACUUGGAAAGCUUGACAUUGUUAUUUAGAAUUGUGGGAAUGUUUGCACUUUGCAGUGAUUAAGCUAUGAUUAUUGAACAGGAAAGU